AUGGGUCGCGACCAGAUCUUGACCGCCCGGAAGGUCGAGGGCAUGAUCGCCGACGGACACACUAUUGUCAUAUACGAGGAUAUGGUCUUGAAGCUUGACGGCUGGAUGGACAAACACCCCGGAGGAAGACUGGCUAUUCUUCACAUGGUGGGGAGAGAUGCCACGGACGAGAUCAAAGCUUAUCACUCGGAAGCGACUCUAAGGUCCAUGAGGCCCUAUCGGAUCGGCCGGAAGCAAGGGUCUUGGGUCAACCGCACACCACCAAUAAGAGGCGGCAUCUUUCGCAGAGAGGCAGACCAGCUGCUGUCAGACUCGAGCGUUGCGUCAUGCAGCGGUGCUUCGGAUACGGACGAGAGUGUGGACGACAGCGUGAGCUCUGCGUCGUCGAUUUGCAGCUGUGGUGACGAUGCUGUGCACAAGGACUGUGGGCUUCACCACCGGAUGGCCCGGAAGCCUUCGGCCAAGGCUAUUAAGCACUCUGCUACACUGAGGGUGGCCAAUGCUGCUAUUUCCCGCGAGAUUGAGCGGGAUUCUGCUACGUAUCCUUCUGUUAACCCUGAGGUUCAGAGGGAUAUCGCUCGCAAGUAUCAGCGCCUUCACCAGAGGAUCCACGAUGAGGGGCUCUACAACUGCCCGUACAUUGAGUACGGCAAGGAGAUGUGUCGGUACACGACCUUGUUCGCACUGUUUGCCGUGACGUUUUAUCACCAAUGGUACAUCACGUCGGCCGUGUUUCUUGGCUUGUUCUGGCACCAAAUCAUGUUUACUGCCCACGACGCUGGCCAUCUGGCUAUUACUUCCAACUUUGUGACGGACACUCUUAUUGGCAUGUUUAUUGCCGAUUUCUGCUGUGGUCUUUCUAUCGGAUGGUGGAAGAGCAGUCACAAUGUUCACCACCUUGUCACCAACCAGCCUGAACACGAUCCCGAUAUCCAAAACGUCCCUCUUUUUGCUACUUGCCCAUCUUUCUUCAAGUCUCUUCGCUCGACUUACUACAACUUUACCUUUGUCUGGGAUGCCGCUGCCGACUUUCUCGUUCCCUACCAACGUUUCACUUAUUAUCCCAUCAUGGGCAUCGCCCGCUUCAACCUGUACCUCCUCUCGUGGCUGCACGUCCUGUCGGAAAAGUCAUCUUCCCUCGGCAAGAGCAGGGCCUGGUGGAUUCGACCUACCGAGAUCACUUUCAUGGCGUGCUACUGGUUCUUGUUCGGAUACUGUCUCCUCUGGCGUGCACUUCCUGACUGGACUACCCGCGUCAUCUUUGUUCUCGUCUCGCACAUCGUUACCAUGCCUCUGCAUGUGCAAAUCACCCUAUCUCACUGGGGAAUGUCGACAAUCGACCUUGGCGAGAGUGAAUCAUUCGCCCAGCGCCAACUCCGAACAACCAUGGACGUCGAUUGCCCAGCCUGGCUCGACUUCAUCCACGGCGGUCUCCAAUUCCAAGCCGUCCACCAUCUUUUCCCCCGCGUGCCUCGACACAACCUCCGCAAGGUGCAGUUCAUGAUCCGCGAGUUCUGCGACGACACGGGUGUUCCGUACUCGAUCCUCAGUUUUACGGAUGGCAACCAAAAGGUCCUGGGCCGGCUCCAGGAUGUGAGCGAUCAGCUCAACAUUAUGCUCAAGUGUCAGAAGCACAUGGCUGAGACUGGGGAGAGCGGGUUGCAUUGA